UCUGAAAGGCAAAUGGAAACAGACCCUAAUCUUGAAUUCGAAGGUGUCGAGUACAGCGAUGUUUAUUAUGCGGAGCUUAAGAGGCAGAUUUUGCUUUUGACCGCCGAUGACGACGACGAAGUGUAUGUUACAAGCCAUUCCAGGUUGGUUGAUAUUCAAAGGAAACAGGACUCGAACAGCUUAACCAACAGCUUUCCUACAACAUUGCAGCCAGGAAGCUACUUCUACUGGUGGGAGAGGCAGAAAACUGAAUUGGUACCAACUUGGCUUGAGAACGUAUGGAGAUCUAAUGGCAAUGGAACUGGGGUAUUCAUCCCUCAAAUUGUGAAAUCUAGAAGAUACAGGCGUGGUAGAGUGAAUAACGUGAGGAGACGAUCACACAAGCCAGUGGAUUAUUGCAGAUAGCUAAACUUGAUUCUUCCCGAUCAUGCUAUUGAUAGGGGGUUUUAGGUUACAAUAUUACGCCUGCAAAAGAAUCAACAGCUGUAACAGUACCAACAAAAAGAGAUGUGCUUUAACAACAUGUAUGCAAAUCGAUAGAAAUAUUUUAACAAUGAUGUCACAAGAAUUCUAAACAUCA